AUGGGCAAGCGCCGAGGCAGACCGAUCAAAAAAUGGGGCACCGACACACAGGAGGCCACUUCGGAGGGCCAUGUUGCUGUCUCAAUGGCAUCUCUCAGUCUUUUGACUCCGAGUGCAAGCCCAAGCCCAACGCCGACGCCGACGUUGCUCAGCAUUCCCCAUGAAGUGAGAGACAGUAUCUACGAAUAUCUUCUUGCUGUCGACAGAUUUUUCGAGGCUUCCCUCGACCCUGGUCUAACCCAGCUUGCUGUCAACCAGCAGAUUCGUGCCGAAGCGUAG